UUAACCAUUUAACUACCCCUUCAUAAAAUGUCCAUCAAAAUUUUCCUUGUUUCUUUCAUUCUAACCUCACUAUUGUUCUUUCUUAUUUUCAUUCCCACAAGAUUAACCAUAACCAUACCCAACUCCACUUUCAAGCCUUCUAUGAGCUUCUUCAACACCACCAAUGCCACCAAUUCAUACCCAGUUACAUUUGCCUACUUGAUAUCUGCUUCCAAAGGAGAUUCUGGGAAGCUCAAAAGGUUGAUGAAGGCUUUGUACCAUCCUGGGAACUACUAUUUGAUUCAUUUGGAUUAUGGGGCACCAGAGGCUGAGCAUAGGGAUGUGGUUGAAUAUGUGGCCAAGGACCCUGUUUUUGGUCAAUUGGGGAAUGUUUGGGUUGUGGGGAAACGUAAUUUGGUCACUUAUAGAGGACCAACCAUGAUUUCUACCACUCUACAUGCUAUGGCCAUGCUUCUUAGGACUUGUCAAUGGGAUUGGUUCAUUAAUCUUAGUGCCUCUGAUUAUCCCUUGGUUACACAAGAUGAUAUGAUCCAAGCUUUUUCUCAUGUUCCAAGGCAUAUCAAUUUCAUCCACCAUAGCAGUCAAUUGGGUUGGAAACUGUACAAGAGAGGGAAGCCAAUAAUUAUAGAUCCAGGGCUGUAUAGCCUCAAGAAAUCACAUAUUUGGAUGGCCACCAAGCAAAGGAGUAUCCCAACAUCUUUUAAACUCUAUACAGGUGUGUUUUCCUCCUUCAAACCUUUAACAUUAUUUUUAUGACUCUGCUGCUUUUGUGUUGCAUGUAUCCAAUUACCAUGCAUUUUUAGUUUACCUUUCUUGUAAAAUAUUUAAGUACUAAAUGUCUUAUACAGAGCAUGUGAUCCUCUGAAUUAAUCUGCAUAGGAUACUCGUUUUCCCAUGGUUCGUCCAUCAAGGUCAUAGUUUAUUUUGAUCUGUUGGGUCUAUUUUAUAUUUAGGCAAAUCUAAGGUACACUAUCUCAGUAAUUUUUUUGU